AUGCCGGCCACAAAGCAGCCCCCACCAGAACCAUCAAGAACAGAACCCAAUUCGCGAUCAAGUGAUCGGAGUGAACCUACAUUAGGGCGGAGACCGAGUCGAAAAGAGAGUCAGAAGAGUCAGAAACGACCACGAAGUUCAUCGAGAAAGCUCAGCAAAUCCAAUGCUCCGAGCAUCCGAAAUGCCGAAAAGAAUGAAGACAUUCCGCCCAUGCCAGCGCUUCCAGAGCAACGAAGAAACGAACUAAAUGAGCUGGCUGGCCUCAAUCGGAUGAACAUCCAAGCCACGCAACCUCCGACGAACCGCGACGACAUACCCUCAUACUAUUUCCAAAAUCCCAUGUCCCAAUCCAGCUUGCAGCCGGAAAAGUUCUCAGUCAUUCGCGAACCGCCAACACUGCAGGCAAAGCGAUCCGCGCAUGAUCAAGGCAUUUUGAGGAGGAAGUCGAGCAAAAAGAAGAGAGAUGAUCAUGCACGCGAACAAGAGAUUAAAGCAAUGAGCGCGCCAAUACCCAUUCCCAAGCGACCGAAAUCUUACCAAACCGAUAUGCUGGCUCGUGACAGCAAACGCAUCCCAGGCGAUUUGAACCGCAGCCUUGACCGGCCGCUUUCGAAUGUCUCAUUGCCACUUGCAGAGUCACUCCAUUCGCAAAUGUCUACAUCUUUUGAUGCACAUGCAUUUCAAGUUGGCUCAUUAGGUGCACUCGUACCACGACCAACAAUCCGAUAUUCUGGGACUCAAGCUUCACCAUCAGGAAGUCUCCGCCCCUCAAGAACAUCGACACGAAAGGACAAGCAACCUAUGAUUUUCGAGGCAGACGAACCUCUAGAAAAUCCAAGAAGAAGAAUCGACGACUUAGCUGAUGAUAUGGAUGCGGGAAGCCUAAGGGAAUUGAUGGAUCGGGAUCGACGAAGGCUAGAGAAACGGAGGAAAUCGGAAAAUGAGAGACUACAGCGAAGGCUGCAGAAGAAGAGCGAACACCAAAGACAGCAAGAAGAGGCUGUGAAGUGGGUUGCAAGUCAAGAGGGCGAGCAGCAGCCCCACGCUGGGCUUGGGACAAAAGAGCCACCUACGGAUCCAGAUACGGAUGCAGUGGCGACACCAAAGAAGGGAGACGGAACGCGCACUCCAGAGUCAUGGCUCAAAGAUCCCUCGAGAGAACGGCUGGUACCUGAAGAUCCAUUCCAUGACCCCUUCGUUGGAGCGUCGACAUCUCAUUUAGAGGAAGCUACUCCGAUCGAAGAACGCGAGGAGCCAGUCCUUGCGACUGCGAAGGCGAUCAGACUCUCUUCAGCUAGCAUGACGCCUCCUACCUCUCCAUCUCGGCAGAUUCAUGAUCCUAGACAUUUAAAGGAACCCUCAAGCUUAUCGCAAUUUUCUGAGUUGGCACCAAGCAGUACACCUGACAUUCCCGAGAAGCCAGAACCAGAACAGAAAACGGAUUCGGACACUGGUGGCAAGCUAUCAUCGAGCUGGAAAUCUAUUUUUCGACGGAGCGAUACUCGUGUAAAGAGAGGCUCUGCAGAUCGUGGACGAGCUGAUAGAGCGGCUACGGGGCGAGGCACCCCUUCAGAGUUUUCUAACACAUCGCGAGAGUCUUUUUCACGUCAAAUGCAAUCGUCGAGCUUUCCCCGAGUCCCACGAGUGAGAUCUGGGACACCCAUACGCACGCAGUCAAUAUUCAAAGAAGAUCUUCCAGAAUUACCUAUCUCGCCGCCAGACUCUCGAAUGCAGUCACCGGAGACAGCAGGCCAGGCUCCAUUGCCUGGUAUACCUGGAUCCCGUGGCAAUGAUGCUGCUGGAGCGGGCGAAGAGCCUCCGCUGUCGGACAUUCAUCCUGCUUAUAGGGCAGAGGUUGCUCUUAGUAGAAAUGCUUCCCUUCGUGCAAAGUCGCCUGAGGAGCCUCAGAGCGCGACCAUAUCAGAAUCUCUAGCUUCAGUCGACGCAGAAGGUUCGUGGCUAACGGGAAAGCCUGUCAAGCGGACCUCUACACCUCAGCCCUUGCGGGAAAGCUUUCGUUUAGAGCAUCCAGAGGACUCUGAUGAAGACAGUUCGCCUGGGACUCCACCAGCUGAGAAGUACAUGGGCUCACUUACCCCUGUUCGCAGCAAAAGUAAGCGAUCAGUCGACGAAGCACUUGUUGUCCCUCAGCGGAUACGCCCUCGCAUAGAUCCCGGCAGCAGCACGGGGGACGACCACACCAACGACAACAGCGCUUUGCACUCGGCUCCCUAUCCUGGCGUCCAAGAAGAAGGCACGACCUGGCACAGUGCGGUCGGUAAACACCCCACCAUCGUUCGUCCAGGCGUCGGUAACCGCGCUCGAUCGCGGGAAGGCCUCCUGAACGACUUUCAAGGAGCAGAAUCAGGAAAUAUCGAGGAAAGCCGAGACUCAUCACAAUCCCCCUCAGAGCAUUCCCCUAGUAGCCCCGAAGGCCCACCUCCCAUUCAACGUGCCGUCAGCGUCGAUCUCGGCAAAGGACAUGCACGACAUAUCAGUGCUGGCAGCGCGAAGUUACUGAACCUGCCCCCAAGAAGUUCAAUGGAGAUCAAGCGAUUGAGCUCUGGCAGUGCUCAUAGCGGCGGAGAGAAGAGCCCACUUUCACAGUCGCCGAGGGUACCUGAGGAAACCAAGGCUGACGACGUCGAUUGA